UUUACGCGGGCCAUUGAUGUCGCCUUUGUUGCGGACUAACUUGCUCGUCCCUGAAGAAUGAACUCAGUUAGUAGCAAUUGCUCGCAUUUAAGACGUGACUAGAGUGUCUUUGUUUGCUGUUCCGUUUUAUCCUUAACAAAUUUUAUAAUGUCCACUGGCAAAGUCGUCACUUUUUCGUCUCUUGGCAUGCGUGCACGCGGGACGUGUGGUUGUGCAGACGAGGACGUGCAGGCCCUGGUGCGAGCGGCGCUGGCCGCCAGGCAGCGCGCCUACUGCCCCUACAGCAGGUUCCAGGUGGGCGCGGCGCUGCUCACCACCGACGGGGAGACCUUCGACGGCUGCAACGUGGAGAGCGCGUCCUACACGCCCACCAUCUGCGCCGAGCGCACGGCCGUGGUGAAGGCCGUGAGCUGCGGCAGGCGGCAGUUCUCGUCCGUGGCGGUGGUGGCGCACCUGGAGGACUCCUACGUGGCGCCGUGCGGCGUCUGCCGGCAGCUGCUCGCGGAGUUCGGCCUUGACGUGGCCGUGUACCUGGCCAAGGUGGACCUGUCCAGCGUGCUGGUCACCGACCUUAGGGCUCUGUUGCCCCUGAGCUUCGGGAAGUACUGACCGCCUCGCCCGCUACCCUCCGACACUCUAACCAGCUGAACAGGAGUACCUUGUGAUGGAUGUCUCUAGUAUGGCCGUUCAACAAACUCCAUUUUAACGAGCCACGAAAUCAUGUAAUUUCCACAUAGUUUUCUUUUGUAAAUGCUUCUCAACAAGAUUGUUGCGGGAAAAAGAAUAUAAAAUGACGGUACUUCAGUAUGACUCCAAACUUUCAAUACUUGUCAAAUAACUUCUCAACUUUUCCAUGUUACAGGCCUCCUGUGAAUCAAUAUUCCAUUGUCAACACUUUUCAAGGUCCUGGGAUGUAAAACAGUAUCAGCUUUUAACUUACUAAACUUUUAAUAAAUUAUCUAUUCUACUUCAUAACAUUUCUAUUGUUGAAUAUUAAGGAUGUUUCAAACUCACUCCAAGCUGAUGUGGUCACCUGUGGUGUGGAGCCUUUUGGGCAGUGAUCAAAAAAACAUGGUGGUAUUAGACUAGGCUGAGAAGCACAUCGGUGCCCUGUUUUGUACCCAGGGGUUAUUUAGAGCACAAUCGUUACCCAAUACUAAGUAAAGACGUACGAGAUCUUUACAGUAGCACAUUGUGCAUGAGUGAUGUGUUCACAGUAAUUUGCAAAGGAAAUACUUACUAAUUAAAUGUUUUAAAAUGAUUAUUGUAAAAUCUGCUCUCUUUAACAAGCAUAGUUGUCAUCCACCUUGAAGCAGCGUUUAUAAUAAAAUGUCCAAACAGUAUGUUAGUAUUACUUAGAGGUUACUUUUCAAAGAGAGCAGUCUCGAUUAUUGAGAAAGCUUGUUUCAAAGAAUUGUGCAUGAAAUUGUAACGUAAAUAGCAGAUACUCAUUAAAAAAUAACUUUAAAAAAAAA